UCCAUUUGGGCAGAAAUGUCAUCAGAUAAGGCCAUAAUUAACAUCUCCACUUGGGAUGGCACCAUUACAUCUACUGAUUUUUACGUUGCUGCUUCUAAUUUUGCUGAGCAAUGGAACAAUUUAGAUCUAGGGUUUCCUCACUGGUCAUGGAUCAACUGUCCAAAGGGACCACUGUUUGCUGCUAGCAAGGUAGAAGGAUAUUUAUCAUUGGAGAAUAUGGUUCUUCCAGGAUCCACUGAGGAAGAUCGAAAUCAUUGUGGUCUUGCUGGAAUAGAAGAUUUGAGUUGCGCUAAUGAAGAUGUAUAUACGGAUACUGCUAUAUUGGUUCAAAAGCACAGCCAAGAAAGACAUCACUAUGACUUCCAUGUCGUCUACAGUUCCUCUUUCAGGGUUCCCGUGCUAUAUUUCCGUGCAUACUGCAGUGAUGGAGAACCCUUGGCAAUAGAAGACCUGGAAAAAGAGUUUCCUGCCUAUACUACACAAGAAUUAGCAAUAUCUAAAUGGACCUUUAUAACUCAGGAGGAGCACCCCUACCUGAAUCGGCCAUGGUACACGUUACAUCCUUGUGGAACUGGUGACUGGAUGAAGCUACUUUUCAGUAAUGAACCUUCAGUGGUGUCUCAAGGUGGAGUUGCAGUUGAGAAAUAUCUGAUCCCAUGGUUUUCAGUUAUAUGUCCGAUCUUUGGUCUUAAAAUCCCCUUAAAAUUGUUUGUAAAUGCGUCUAACAAGUCUGAAAAUGUUUCUUAUGUAACAUAGAUUUAGUGUUAUCUUCUCAACGUAAAUGUUCUUCUGAACACAGCAGCAAAAAUGAAUCCAUCUGCCAAAAUGCAAAAUAUAAGCUAUUAUGUAGUGUUUAUUAAUUAUUAUCUUAUGUCUUAUGUUAGGAACUAUUGGUUCUUUACAUAAAUGCAACCUUUAACA